ACCAAAAUUUGGUAGUGACUUCUAAAGUCCUAACCUCAACUUUAUUUUCAAAAUGUUAAAUUCUCUCGUACGUAGAUCAUUAUUGAGAAAAGUCCCCGUGCAACCGAUAAUUUUGCCUGUAGCCCAUCUGUCACUGGAAACACAACCUCUGGAACGGUUGCAAUCUUUUCGCACUUCCGAAAACAACCCGUUAAACCACUCGGAUGACCACAUCGGGCAGUUCUACACCAUCCCAUCGGAACACAAAAAGAAGCUAUUCCUUUAUGGAGGACUACCCAGAUCGUACGACACUCAGACGAAAACCUUCAACGAAUCGUGCCUAAUGAUUCGAAAACCCUCCGUAGACGUUAUCAACUGCUUAAGGCACGUCGACUACUCAAAGCCCGCGGUACGUUUCAUCCUGUACGGCAAAAAGGGCCAGGGUAAAAGUCUGUCGUUGGCACACAUAAUUCACUAUGGCUACUCGGCCGGAUUUCUCAUAGUACACGUGCCUUGGGUCGGCGGUUGGCUGCGAAGAUGCCAAGAGUCUAGCAUAUCCGAGUUCAAGCCGGGCUGUAUCGACACAAACUUGGACGCGGCUGCCUGGUUAGUUCACUUUAAACACCAAAACUCGCACUUACUCGACAAUCCUGAUCUGCGAACGACGCAGGAUCACGUCUGGAGCAAACGCGAGUCUACACCGAAGGAUGUGCCGCUCGGCGAGCUCGUCGAUCACGGAAUUAACAGGAUUAAGUUCGCAUCGCAGUGCAUCGUCGUGCUCGCCGAGGAGAUUAAGCAGUUGUCCAGAGAAGGAAAGUGUAAAACUCUAGUCGUCGUCGACGGAUUUAACGGGUUUUUCUACCCAAACACCCGGAUUCUCACGGAGAAGAAGGAGGUGGUGCAUCCCAAGAAUGUUACGGUCACCGAGGCAUUUCUCAACCUUAGUAGGUUUGACUGGAAGAACGGAGCCGCGGUCGUGACGGUCGACGAAUUGGCGAUUGCAGAAAAGGAUCACAUCAGCCACUUCCCCCGGUACUUGCUGGGCCGCGACGGUUUCGAGCACAUGGAUCCGUUUGUGCCGGUCGCGGUACCGACCUACACGAAGUUGGAGUUUACGAGUUGCAUGGAUUACUAUCGCGAACGGCGAUGGGUGCUCCCCCUCGAUGGCCAGGAUGAGGAGUUACAGUUUCUCAGCGCGAUGAAUCCGUAUCGUCUUAUGCUGUUGUGCAAUUCGGUUUAGAAUUAGCUAAUUUAAGGAAAUAUACAGAUUCUUUUAA